AGUACACAUUUCAAAGGUUUUACGAACAAAGAUGGCGUCCGAUUAUGAAAUAGAGAUGGAUAUAACUGAGCAUGUCGAAUUUUGUGGACUACAAGCUGAUCCGACUGACUGCUUCGGUCAGUCUUUUCCCACUUCAAGUAACCAACUGCCAAACUGCGUUGGAGGAGAUGUUUUUCAAAAUAACCAUCGAGGACAACUGCGUAAUUUUUUGUGCACUGGCUCAUCAUGUCAUAACUACAGAGCAAGAAGUCAUGCGCUGAGACUUGAAGAUGUACCCUGUGUUUUACAAUUGAUACAACAGGGGGAAGGGAAGAGUAUCAUCGAGCUUCUCAUUCAUUUCUCAGAGGAGCAUCGCGCAUGUAAAGAAGAUCCAUUGCUGUUUGUGUUAGCAAUUUGUUGCAGAUCGAAUGACGUAGAAACAAAAAAAUCCGGAUAUGGUGCCCUAAAAUCUAUAUGUAGAAUUCCUACUCAACUUUUCAGAUUUCUUGAUUUCUACAAAAAAAUUGGUUUUGAGCAAUCAUUAUCCACAGGAUGGGGUAGUUUGCAUCGAAAGGCAAUCUGUGAUUGGUAUCUUAGUUAUGGCACUGAAGCAGACAAAUUAAAACUAUUUGCACAUCACAUUACAAAGUAUUGGAAAAGGUACGGAUGGUGUCAUAAAAGUGUGAUUCGUCUAGCUCACCUCAAGGUCAAGGAGGAGAAUCCAGUCUUAAAGUAUUUGGUCAUGGUUGCAGUUAAGGGCAAAAAAUAUGCAGACAGCUCCACAUUUAUGCAAAAGCAAAUGAAGCAAGAAAAUUUUCGAAAGUCACUUUUUAAGGAAAUUUUUGACUUUCUAUCUGGGAUAGAAAUUGCCAAAAUAACGAAAGAUGUCUCUCAAAUAAAGACACUUAUUUUGAAGCACAGACUAGUGAAAGAACAAUUGCCAACCACGAGUUUAAAUGAUAUUGGUAUCUGGCUGGCUCUUGUGAGGCAUAUGCCAUUAACAGAUCUGCUUCGUAAUUUAGGGAAAAUGUCUAAGUUUAAACUAUUCGAAAAGGAAAGUUCUUCAAGAAAGAAUAUAUCCUUUGAAGAGCAUUUAAUCAUCGAGAAAUUAAAAAACAAAGAACUGCUUGAUCAAGAGGCAGUUCACCCAUUUACGUACAUGUUGGCUCUGACGCAGUACAAAAGAGGUGAAAACUAUUCUAGAAAACUUCAAUGGCCAGUAUAUCCACAAAUUUGCUCUGCACUUGAAGAGGGAUUGUACUUAUCGUUCAAUAAUGACAAACCUACAAAAAAGUGGUUUCUACUUGCACUGGAUAUCAGUAAAUCUAUGGAGGAAAGUGUCAAUGUAGUAGGCGCCCCAACAUUACAGGCAUUGGAAGUUGCUGCUUUUAUGUCGACUUUUAUAAUUAAAACGGAAAGAAAUUGCGAUGCUAUAGUUUUUAGAGGCGAAAAUGUGGAUGUUUUGCCCGUCAGUUCUUCUAAUACUAUAGCCGAGGUAACAGAGAAAAUGAGGACUCUUGCGCGUCCAAUGAGAGAUAUCCCUGAAGAUCCCUAUUGGCCAUUCAGAUAUGCAAUUGAAAAAAAUAAAGUAUACGACGUUUUUGUCAUUUACACGGACUCAAAUUUCUGUUUAGGUAAUGCCCAUCUUUCUCAGGCAUUGCAACUUUAUCGCCAAGCGACUGGAAACAAAGAAGUCAGACUUGUUGUUUGUAAUUUGGCCGGUUUCGAUGUCUCAAUCGGAGACAUUGAAGAUCCCCUGAUAUUGAGAGUGUGUGGAUUUGAUUCUUAUGUUCCACAAAUAAUAUCGAACUUCGUUAAUAGAGAAUUCUGAUUCCUUGAAGUGCACUCAGGAAGCUCUUUACACGCAUGUCUUUGUGGUUAUUUCUUAAUUUUGUAUACCUAUUAAAUUAAGUUGUGAUAUGGAACCGAUAAAUCAAAUGUUUCAAGGUAAUAAUAAUAAUUUUAAAAAACCGUA